AUGUCACAUUCGAAGAAUGUUCUCAAAAUACCUAAUAAAAGUAAAAUAGAAACACAAAAAACCGCAGACGAUGAAUGUACAGUGACGGUGACAAAGAAAUUGUCUGGGUCAUCUGAUGAAUCAAAUCUAUGUGGCGGUCAGAAAUCAUUUAUCAGUAUUCACUCCACCGAUCAGCUCUGCCAAGUGCCAGGAACACAAAACACGGCUAAUAUAGACGAAUGCAAUGUGGAAGUACUCAGUCUUAACGAAGUAUUUCCUUCUACUUCCGAAGAAAGUCUCUCCAACGAUGAAUCACCUGUUCGUAGAAAGAGACAUAAUAAAAAACGAACACAAAAAAAGUCAGCAGAAGACGCAGCCAAGUCAACUUAUCUGCCAACCAAUAGUAAAUCGUCUACUACACCUAAUCGGCAGAAGGAAACUCUGGAAUCUCAACCUUCUGUACAUUCAGACAUUGAUAUCCCUAAAAAUACAUUGUAUGUAACUGGCAGUAACCCUGGCGAGCCUAAAAUGUCAUACCAAGAUCCACCUAAGAAAAUGUCGAAAACUAUGAAAAAGUUUUUAAGAAAUAUAGAUAAACACAAAAGUGAGCAGAUGAGUAAAGUGAAUGAGAAGGCUAUUAGUAAACUGACUACUAUGCGUGGAAUUCUCAAAGACGGACGUUGCGUACCAGAAUGUACAGGAGAUUCAUCACUUCAAGGUUCAGAGAACCAAGAGAACACGGAGGAUUUAUCUCUAGCCUUUACCAUGGAUUUCGGGCCGCAGAUUAGUUAUACAAAACAAAACCCGGAUAAGAACGUUUCAUUCAACACACAAGUCGUAAUCAUUCACUUCACUGGCGAUCUAUGCGUCGGGCAGAGCAUUGAGACUCUGAGUAAAGAAAAAGACCAACAAGCCAGGAAUUCUGAGUUAAGAAAAACUUUUUUAACUAAAUAUAAUGAGCUUUGGCCCACCCAAAAAUAAUAUUUAAACGUCUUCAAGCAUAUAGGAAUAAGGAUGAGAACUGAUGAGCUUAUUAACAAUAUUAAUA